AUGAAGCACUUGUGGCAGAUUUUUGUCCUGUGGGUCUUCUGGGUGCUCCUCUUGUGGCUGAUGGCCCCGUGUCUGGAUCCUAGACCUGAACUGGCCCCCCAGGAGAAACUGAUGGUCUUGGUACCACUGCAUUGCAACUGCCCUUGGCUCAAACUCAGGACAAGUGGCUGCCCAUCUGAGAUGCUAAACUCCUCCCUCCGGCACCACAGAGUUGGAGAGGGGAACGGGUUUGCUGCAUGCUAUGGGAAGACCGUGGAGUACCUGACUGGGGCGACAGAGUCCCUGACCCCUGUGCUCUGGUGGUUGGGCAUGAACUCAGCAAGUGGGCUUGGCCAAAUGUGGGAGAAGCUGUUCAAGGUGAUUCCCAGGCCCUCAGUGAGCCAUUUCCAUCUCUACUGUGGGACCUGUGCUUUGGUGGGGUACCCCACGACCCUGCGGGCCUCUGGCCUCAGCCACAACAUCAACCAGUGCACCGCAGCCUUCAGGAUGAGCCAGGGCCAUGCCCAGGGCUUUGAGACAGUGGGGAACCAAACCACAAGACGCUUCGUCUAUCCCUGGAACGCCAGCAUCCGGGGCUCCUGGAGACAGCUGGUGCUGCUGCUGCUGAAGCUUUCUGGUCUGGCGUGGACUUCAGAUGCCCCGAGUGAGGAGGUGAUGGUCUGGGAACCCAGACGUUCUUGUGCUUCCAGACGGGCCCCGAAGCUCCUCAUGAAGCUGGAGACCACCAUCUCCAGAGCUCCUGGGCUCUAUCUCCUCCCUGACUCCUUUCUCUACUCGGAUGAAGUCCAGCCUCCUCUGUGUGAGAACAUGGAGGUCAAGCGGCUAGUGGUCUGUGCUCUUCUCCACAGGGUUCUAGUGACCAACUUCACCGUCCUCAAGUACAUCCACAAGACCUACUUGGUCAGGGACAUUUCCCAACCACCGACUCGCUGUGGCAUGUGA